GUCACUGUCACUGCCCUGGGGAUCCUGGUUGGGUGACAGUCACUGCCCUGGGGAUCUGUCACUGUCCUGGGGAUCCUGGUUGGGUGACAGUCACUGCCCUGGGGAUCUGUCACUGUCACUGUCCUGGGGAUCUGGAUCUGUCACUGUCACUGCCCUGGGGAUGCUGGUUGGGUGACAGUCACUGCCCUGGGGAUCUGUCACUGUCCCUGUCCUGGGGAUCCUGGUUGGGUGACAGUCACUGCCAUGGGGAUCUGUCACUGUCACUGCCCUGGGGAUCUGGAUCUGUCACUGUCACUGCCCUGGGGAUGCUGGUUGGGUGACAGUCACUGCCCUGGGGAUCUGGAUCUGUCACUGUCCUGACCCUCAUCCUGGCUGCACGGCACACCUGACACAGGGAUGUCCCCACUGAGGGACAGCCCCAUGCCAGGCCCUGCUGUCCCCUCACAAUUUAACCUUUUCAGCCAUUCCUGGCCCUGAGAGCCCCCCCUGAGAGCCCCCCCUGCCCCUUGGGCAGCUCCUGCCCCACACAGGGACAUGCCAUCAGGAUGGGGACCUGGAUAAUGAGAGUAAUUAGCGGGUAAAUCCUCGUUCCGGAGAUUACAGCGGCUCCUGCGUGUCAAAUAUAGACUUUAAUCGUGGGCAGAGCUGCUGCCAGAUGGGCCUUGCCCCUGCUGGCUCCUUCCCUGUUUUCCAUGGAUUUGGGAGUGCUGUGGCCUUUGUGUCGUGCUGUCCCCAGGGCUCGGAGCAGGGGCUGCAGGACGCUGAGGGUCCUGUCCUUGCCUGUGACACUGUGUUGGGUGUCCUUGUUCUUGGAGCAGGAGGUCCACGCUGUCCUCAGGAGGUGCUGGCCUCUGUCCUGGGCCAGGCUGGCUGGGAAGGACCCCAAAAUCUGGUUAAAGAGCAGGAAAAGGGUCUUUCCCAGGUCAUUUUGGGGAUGAAACAGGUUGUGUUGUCUUCAUCCCCAUGACAAAGUGUCUGUGGUGGUGACAGGCCAGUCCCUUCUGUAGUGCUGGGUGACACUGGGUCAUGGAUGUCACCUCCCAGGGACACAGAGGUGGCAGGGCUGUGAUGGGAGCAGGGGAAGGCUCCAGCAAAAGCUCUGCCUCAUUUGGGGGCGUCAGCAUGAGCUGUCAGGGUCUGACCCAUUCAGGGAUCAUGGAAUUGUGGAAUAUUUAGGUUGGAAAAGCCCUCUGAGUCCAGCUGUUCCCUGGCACUGCCAAGGCCGUGUCCCCAAGUGCCACAUCCACAGGUGGCACGUGCUGGUGCUGUGACCCUGCUGUUAAAUCCUGUCCUGCCACCUCAGGUCACCUGUCCCCUGCUGCUGCAGCCAGUUUGAUCCGGGGAUUGUCCCUCGGCUGGAUCAGGUUUGUCCCCCUCCAGUGACAUCCCUGUUCUUUCAUCCUCCCCGUGGCAUUCCAUGUGCCAGGGCUGGAUUCCCGUGGUGUGUCCUGGGCUGGGCCUCCCUCUCUGCUGGGCACCUGCUCCCAUCCCAUGCCAGGGUGACCAGUUGGUGGCUGGGUCAGUGUCCGGGUGUUAUCCCGGUGUUAUCCCGGUGUUAUCCCGGUCUCUGUGCAGGAUUGGCCAGGUCAGUGUCUGGGUGUUAUCCUGGUGUUAUCCCAGUCUCCAUGCAGGAGUUGCUGUGUCCAUGUCCAGGCUGUUAUCCCGGUACUAUCCUGGUCUCCAUGCAGGAGUGGCUGGGUCAGUGUCUGGUUGUUAUCCCGGUGUUAUCCCAGUCUCCAUGCAGGAGCAGCCGGGUCAGUGUCUGGGUGUUAUCCUGGUGCUAUCCCGGUGUUAUCCCAGUGCUAUCCCAGUCUCCGUGCAGGAGCAGCCAGGUCAGUGUCUGGCUGUUAUCCCAGUGCUAUCCCGGUCUCCGUGCAGGAUUGGCCGGGUCAGUGUCCGGGUGUUAUCCCGGUUUUAUCCCGGUCCCCGUGCAGGAGGGACUGGGUCAGUGUCCGGGUGUUACCCUGGUACUAUUCCAGUGUUAUCCCGGUGUUAUCCUGGUACUAUCCUGGUCUCCAUGCAGGAGUGGCCAGGUCAGUGUCUGGUUGUUAUCCCGGUGUUAUCCCGGUGUUAUCCUGUGUUAUCCCAGUCUCCGUGCAGGAGCAGCCAGGUCAGUGUCCGGGUGUUGUCCCGGUGUUAUCCCGGUCUCCGUGCAGGAUUGGCCGGGUCAGUGUCCGGGUGUUAUCCCGGUUUUAUCCCGGUCCCCGUGCAGGAGGGACGGUCAGUGUCUGGGUGUUAUCCUGGUGUUAUCCCAGUCUCCAUGCAGGAGUGGCUGGGUCCAUGUCCAGGUUGUUAUCCUGGUAUUAUCCCGAUCUUCAUGCAGGAGCAGCCAGGUCAGUGUCCGGGUGUUACCCUGGUACUAUUCCAGUGUUAUCCCGGUGUUAUCCCGGUACUAUUCUGGUCUCCAUGCAGGAGUGGCCAGGUCAGUGUCUGGGUGUUAUCCCGGUGUUAUCCCAGUGCUAUCCCGGUCUCCGUGCAGGAUUGGCCAGGUCAGUGUCUGGGUGUUAUCCCGGUGCUAUCCCGGUGGCUGGGGUCAAUGUCUGGGUGUUAUCCCGGUGCUAUCCCGGUGCUAUCCCGCUGCUAUCCCGGUCUCCGUGCAGCAGCAGCUGGCCCGUUCCAGCCCGGGGCAGGUCCCAGCUGCUCUGUCGGACGCAGAGGGGCCACCCCCAGCCCCGUUAAUCCUUUAAAGGAACGGAUAAUCCGAUCAGCUCCAGACCCCAGCUCACCCCAGCUGGCCAGACCGUGUCCGUGGCAGGGCCUGGAUGAAGCAGGGCUCAUUUUCCAGCCGGGUGACAGCCCUGUGGCAGCUCUCUGUGUCCCCAAGGGAGCCUGUGGUGAUGAUUCUGAUGUGGCCCCCUGGGGCCAGGAGCUGAGCAGCAGCUGGUGCUGCAAAGGAUGACUCCAUGGAAAAGAGCUGGAGUUAACCCUGGAAUCUCCUCUCCAGUCCCCCCAAGAGCCAGGAAUUCUCCCAUCUGUGGUGCUGCCUUCUCAUGGAUUUAAGAUAAAAAAAAAACCUCCCUUACCCAUCCCUGAGGAGUUUCAGGGACAGCCCAAAGCACCUGGCACCAUUUCCCUGGGGUUAAAUUGCAUUUUCUCCGUGCUGCUGCAUUUAUUGGAUCUUUGUGUGGGAAGAGUUGAUAUAUUCUGGAUUUAGAGAGCAGAGCUGUGUGCGAGGAGAGGAGCUGGUUCAUUAGAGCACCUCUAAUACCCAUAAUUAUCUUAACUUAAAUCCUUGUGAGCCUGCACGUGGCUUCUCCAGAGAUGGACAUGGCACUGGGAUCAUUCAGGGGCUUAAAGCCAUGGAUCUGGGAUGAUUUCAUCUGGAAAUGCUUCAAAAAGGGUUCCUGGUUUGGGCCAGGGCUGGUGGGAAUGGCAGGGAAAUUCUCUUGGAGCAUUGGAAUGGAUUUGAAUGAUCCCAAAAGCUGAGCCUGAGUCAGCUCUGGCUCCUGAACGGGUUUGUGGUGCUCAGGCUGGUGGAGCUGGGGGUUUCUUUGUUAAGAGAUGCAAUUCCAGCUCCCAAAAAUGCCCCUUGGGAAUGCUCCCCUGCCCCCAGCGCCUGCUGCCAGCCAGAGGGAGCUGCAGGAGAGCAGAUCAUGGAAUGGGCUGGGCUAGGAGGGACCUUAAACCCAUCCAGGGACACCCCCAUUACCCUAGGUGGAUCCAACCCCAAUGUCCGACCUGGCCCUGGGCACUGCCAGGGAUCCAGGGGCAGCCACAGCAAAUCUGGGAAUUCCAGCCCAGCCAGCAAUUCCUUGCCAAGAUCCCAGCCCAAUCUCCCCUUGGCCAGUGGCAGCCAUUCCCUGUGUCCUGUCCCUCUGUCCCUUGUCCCCAGUCCCUCUGCAGCUCUCCUGGAGCCCCUGCAGGGACUCCGAGGAUUCCCUGGAACCUCCUUCCCUUCUCCAGGGGAACAUUCCCAGCAAUCCUAACUCCAGAGCAGAAGGGCUCCAGAAUUAUGGAAUGGUUUGGAUUGGAAGGGGCCUUAAAGCCCAUCCAGUUCCAUCCCUUGCCACGAGCAAGGACAGCUCCCACUAUCCCAGACUGUUCCAAACUCCAUCCAGCCUGGCCUUGGACACUUCCCCACAGCUGCUGGAUUCCCUGAUGCAGGGGUUUGUCAGGAAUCAGAUCCCAGCACAGAUCAGUUGUCCCCAGUAUGACAUCCUCGAGGGGCUGCUUCCAGGGAAUGUCAAAGAGGCCUUUAAAUGCUUUUUCCAGGAGAUUGGCAGGAUUGUGCUGAGGGACUGGAAAUACUGGAGGUAAAAUUCCCUCUGUGUGUGGAGGUGAGCCCGGGGCACCCUGAGCUCCUCUCCCUUCACAGUGUGGGAAUUUUGGGAAAAAACGCAGUUGGAAUGGGAGCUGGAUGAGUCUGUGUUCCUGUUACAUAAUAUAAAAUAUCAUAGGUGGGAUUUAAGAUCUGUGCAUGGAAAGGGAGCUGCUGUCCUGCUCUCCAGCACUCCGUGGGGCAUGGAGAGUUUGGAGAUGGUGCUGGUGACAUCCUCUGGGUUCCCAGCCGAGUUCUUGUCCAGGGACAACGGGAAUGCCGGGCAGGAAUUGUGGGAAUGGUCCUGGCAGGGCAGCGAGCCUCAGGACGUGCUGCACACCACCCUGAGUGGCAUUUUUAGGGCAGGGAUUGUGGGGCAGGGGCUCUCCGAGGCCCGGGGGGGUCUCUGCGCACCCUCAGCCGUGCGGGGCUGCCCGGAGCUCCCGGCGAUCCGCCCGGGGGUGCGGAGCUGGCGCUGGAUGGCAGCGCGGCGAGAUGAUCCCUCUGUCCAUCUGUCCCUCCCUGCGGGCUCGGCGCCGUCCAUCUGUCCAUCCGGGCUCCGCUCCGUCCGUCUGUCCGCUCCCGGGGGGUUCGCCCGGCGCUCGCAGCCGCCGGCGCGGGGCGGGGGCACCGCGGCGAUACCGAGCGCAGCCACGGAGCCGCCCGCACCGCCGAGCUUCGGUGGGGGCUGUCCCGGGGGGGCCCCGAGCCGCUGAGAACCCCCCCCGUCCCCUCCCCGAGCGCAGCAUCACACCCGCACCAUCCUCAUCCUCAUCCGCCCGCCGCCCGGCUCGGUGCAGCGCCCGGCGGUGCGGCCCCUCCGCGGUGAUGUCAUGAGCCGCCGGGGCGGUGGUUGGAGCCACCGGCGGAGCGGGGACGAGCGGCCGCGGCCGGGGGGGGCUGCCCUGGAGCCCCUGAGCCCCCGCCGAGCCCCCGGGCAGGACGCGGCCAUUUGGCGUGGCCGGCCGCGCUGACUGACCCGCUGCUCCGUCUCCUCCCGCUGCGGCCGUCCCUGCGCGACGAUG